GACUUCUGACUUUUGCUUCCACAUGAUGUGCUAUGAAAUGGUCUGUCUGCAGUUCUUUGAGGCGUGAAGUUUUGGUAAUUUCCAUGGGAGAAGUUCUUAUCUAGCUUCAAGUCUUAAAGAUUGUAGGGACUUAGUUUCAUCUUUUAAUUUUUUUGAGUUUUUUUUAUUGAACUAGUAAUAGCAUUGCUGAUUAUCUGGCUAGAAACUCUUGCUCCUCCCCCAUUUCAAUUUUGGUUGAAGAGGUUUUUCCACCUAGUGUAAUGAGAUUUAUGUCUGUUUGAUCUUUUAUAAAGAAAAAAGUAAUAGAAAAAGUAAACAUAAUGUUAGAUAUUUAAAAACCAGAGUUUUGGUAAUAAUUCUUCAAAGUCUUUGUGCAGUGUGUUGCACACUUCCAUUUGAAAAAUUUGGGAGGCUAAUGCAAAAUAUAAGUGUGAAUGCACAUUUAAAAAUUCAAAUAAAAGCAAUUUGGUUAUGGUUUAUAAUAUAUAUAGCACAAGUAGAUAACACUCCCAAGCUAGCAAGCCACAUCAAGUGUUACCUUAUUACAAUCAAACAUCAAUUCAACUGAUUAACAGUAAUCAUCAACUAUCACCACGUCCUUUACAAACUGCAACACUUCAUCUCUCUCAAUGUAUCAUCAAACCCUGCACCACCGUUCCCAUUAGACAAGAACAAAACCCAAAAGAAACCAAACAAAACAAAGAACAAGACAACGAAAAUGCGGUGUUUCAUUUCAUUGCUGUUGGGUAUAGCCACCGUGCUGGUGACGGCGGUGUGCGGCGGUUUCCUCCGUGUGGAGCGAGCCAUUCCGCUGAGCCACCGUGUGGAGAUGGAGGAGCUCAGGGCUCGUGACAGAGCCCGCCACGCUCGAGUCUUGCGAGGUGUGGUUGGUGGCGUCGUCGACUUCUCAGUCCAAGGCACCUCUGAUCCUUACUCCGUUGGGUACGGGCUGUAUUUUACCAAGGUGAAGAUGGGGUCUCCUCCAAGGGAGUUUAAUGUUCAGAUUGAUACUGGAAGUGACAUUUUGUGGGUUAAUUGCAAUACUUGCAGUAAUUGCCCUCAAACUAGUGGGCUGGGGAUUGAGCUCAAUUUCUUUGACACGGUCGGCUCAACCACAGCUGGGUUGGUUCCCUGCUCGGACCCGAUAUGUACUUCUGGUGUUCAAGGUGCGGCAGCUGAAUGCUCCCCUCAGGUUAAUCAGUGCAGCUACACCUUUCAGUAUGGAGAUGGGAGUGGGACAUCGGGUUAUUAUGUUUCUGAUGCAAUGUAUUUUGACAUGAUCCUGGGACAGGCUCCUCCGGUUAACUCUUCGGCUAACAUUGUUUUUGGGUGUAGCACCUAUCAGUCUGGAGAUUUGACUAAGGCAGAUAAAGCAGUUGAUGGAAUUUUUGGGUUUGGCCCUGGUGCUCUAUCUGUUGUAUCACAAUUGUCAUCACGAGGAAUAACACCCAAAGUUUUCUCUCAUUGCUUAAAAGGAGAUGGAAAUGGAGGAGGCAUCCUAGUUCUUGGUGAGAUUUUGGAGCCAAGUAUUGUUUAUAGUCCACUUGUCCCAUCACAGCCUCAUUACAACUUAAAUCUUCAGAGCAUUGCUGUAAAUGGGCAACUCCUUUCAAUUAAUCAAGCUGUGUUUGCAACAUCUAACAAUAGAGGAACUAUAGUUGAUUGCGGGACAACAUUGGCAUAUCUUGUUCAAGAAGCUUAUGAUCCUCUUGUCAAUGCUAUAACUACUGCUGUGUCACAAUCUACCAGCCCCAUCAUUUCAAAAGGAAAUCAGUGUUAUCUGGUCUCAACCAGAGUAGGUGAUAUUUUUCCUACAGUCAGUUUAAACUUUGCUGGUGGAGUAUCGAUGCUUUUGAAACCAGAACAGUACCUUAUGCCUUAUGGUUUCGUUGAUGGUGCUGCAAUGUGGUGCAUAGGUUUCCAGAAAGUGCAAGAGGGGGUCACAAUUUUAGGAGAUCUUGUCCUAAAAGAUAAGAUAGUUGUCUAUGACUUAGCUAAUCAACGCAUCGGAUGGACUAACUAUGAUUGUUCCUUGUCGGUGAACGUCUCCGUGACUUCCAGCAAGGAUGAGUACAUCAGUGCUGGACAGCUGAGGGUCAGCAGCUCAGAGUCAGUGACAGGGAUUCUCUCCAAGUUACUACCUGUAAGCAUUGUGGCAGCUCUCUCUAUGCACAUAGUAAUCUUCAUGAAGUCCCCAUUUUUGCAAUUUUAAUCCAAGAUUCAUAACCUCAUUCUUUCUCACCCAAUCGUGAAACCUACUUGAGUUUGCCGAUGUUUUAUUCGUCAUCGGUAACCCUACUAAUCUUUAUUCUGAUGAAAAUGCGGAUCUCAUUGUAAAGGCGAGAACUGGCUGAAAUGUAUAUUAGAAUAUCUGUUGUAAGAUUCAGUUGUACUAUUUAUAUAGUGCUGCUGAGAGCAUGGAUGGAACAGUUCAGUUGUGGCUUGUGGUCUUCAGCCCUCACAUUUAGGUAGGUGUGUAUAGCAAUUUCAUACUGUGAUGGACUCAUGAAUGGUGUUCAGAGAAUUUUGUCAUAUUCAAAUAUUAAAAUUGUCCGAGAAAAUGGUUGAAGUUACACCUUUA